CGUAGCAUCCGUAGCUACCGUAGCGUCCCCGUGCUACGCUUCCUGCUACAACGCUACGCGGUAAACUACGAACUUUCAUUUUACCGAUAUAAAAUUGAUUUACCUACUUGCAAAAAUAUUGCUAUUUAGCUAAUUUUCUUAAAAACCUAUUUUUUUAAGUUAUAGCACUUUAGUGUACUACGAACUUUAAUUCCGAAAAUAAUACUGUGGUAUAAACAUUUAGUUAGUCCCAAUAUUUUCAACUUUAGAUAACUUAGAAAAUAAUACAGUUUGAUUAUUUUAGAGAGCUGUGGAUAUUUCUUGUGCAUUAGACAAUGUGCUUUUACGUACUUAGUGUAAGAAUAAAAUUCAAAAUGUAAGUGCUGAUGAUGUUGUAUGAAGAAUAUGUGUAGUCGGCACUGACCGCCGACCUGGCAUGAGGCGUCCACGUCACGACACCUCGCACUGCUCACCCCCUCGAGAGUCCGCCUUGAAUAUAUCCCGCAUCAUCCUAACCCUACCCAUUUUCCUUUCCAUCUUUCCUAUCAGCCAUACGCAAAUGGCAAACUUCAAUAUUUCACUACUAAAAGAUAUACCAACUGACACAGCACGAAAAGAACACAAAUUUUCAACAAAUGUUUCUAAAAUAACUUCUACUGAAGAUCCAGAUCUAAUACAUUCUACUGAAGAGCUAGAACCAAAAUCACAUUUAGUUUCCAAUCACAAUUUAAAUUUUAAUAUGUACCUGGCACUCUUAAACAGGUUUAGAAGAAAAGAAACAGAUUUUGAUAAGAAAAAUAAUUUAGAAAGUACGACGCCUAAGCAUCUUUAUAAUUCUACUUUUGAUAAUAAUUUAAAUUCUGAAUCUGUACAUAGCAAAUCUAUUUUAGUAAAUGAUACUGAAAAUAUUACGGUAAGUAGAGUAGUCGAACAGAAUGAUAAAGAAAGUAAUAAAAUACAAAAUGGUCAUCUCAUUAUCACAAAAAAUAAUGUUUCCAUAUUAGGAAAACAAAAUACGAAGUCGAAUAAAACGAAAGAAGUAAUAAUGGGAAAAUUAAAAAUUGAUAAUGAAACUAGAAUAAAACUAUUUUUCAAUUUUCCUAAGAACGAGAAUACUACAGAAAGUAGCACAACAACUUAUAACUUUAUCAAUACAACUGAACACAAUGUAUCAAAAUUAAGAAAAGAAAAUAUAAACUCAGACGGAAUUAAAGAAAAAACAAUGGAUAAGUUAAAAAUUGAUGACGAAACGAGAUCGAAACUAUAUUUUGACUAUUCUAAAAAUAAUAAUACAUUAAAAACCACAGUAACAUUCUUAACUCAUAUUGAUGAUACAGAUAAUAAUAUAUCAAAAUUAGAAAAACCAAUUACAAAGUCAGAUAAACAGACAAACACACAAAAUGCAAAGUCUGGCAAGGAAGAAACAAUGGGAAAAUUGAAAAUUGAUGACGAAACAAGAUCAAAACUCUUUUUUGACUACUCGUCUACUUUAAAUAGGAGUAAUUCAAUACAAGAGGACAAUAAUCCACUCAUUAUUAACGCAGAAAAAGCAAUAUCCGGUGGAAACACAUUUGGGGUUGCAAAUAAAAGUAUGACAAAAGAAAGCGAAAUCGUUACUCGAAAAUUCUCGAAUGACUCGUUAGGCCCUCCGGCAAACCUUACCCAUCCUUCAAUUAAGGCCAUUUUAAAAUCAACAAAACCCAGUUUGGUGGACGGUUUCCGAAUAAACACGACAAGUCGAAUAGUAUCAAUACUCGGACUGUUCGAGCUAUCCAUCGGGGAUUUCCCGAGAGCGGAUGGAAUGUCCGAGUUGGCAGCUGCCCGGUUAGCAGUGCAUCACGUCAACCAGCAGACCUUGCUGCCAGGAUAUAAGCUGCAUCUCAUCACGAAUGACACUAAGUGUGAUCCAGGAGUGGGGGUAGACCGGUUCUUCCACGCGCUGUACACGGAGAGGGAGUCGCGACUAGUCAUGCUCCUCGGCACCGCCUGCUCCGAGGUCACUGAGAGCAUCGCCAAGAUUGUGCCUUACUGGAACAUUGUGCAGGUAUCCUUCGGGUCUACUUCACCAGCGCUCAGCGAUCGCUCCGAAUUCCCGCUCUUCUGCAGAACUGUUGCACCCGACUCUUCACACAACCCAGCCCGGAUAGCGUUUAUAAGACAGUUCGGCUGGGACACAGUGACAGCAUUCUCGCAGAACGAGGAGGUGUACUCCCUGGCAGUCAACGAGCUGGUCACCCAGCUGGAAGCCGCCAACAUCACCUGCGCGGCGUCCAUCACAUUCGCUGAGACCGACUUCAAGGAACAACUGCAGCAGCUAAAAAAACUGGACACUAGGAUAAUAAUCGGCAGUUUCUCGCCGGAGAUGUUACCGAAAAUAUUCUGUGAGGCCUACCAGCUAGGAAUGUUCGGAGCGGAGUACGCGUGGCUGGUGGCGGGCGCUCCGCCGCGCAUCCGGGGCGUAGCGCCCUGCGCGCGCACACAGCUGGCUAGGGCUCUGGAAGGCCUGGUGUCCGUCACUGCACACCGGGGGAUCGUUGGUGACGUGGUGUCUUAUUCUGGAUUGACGAACGAAAUGUUCUACCGGGAGAUGCAAGGAGUAGGAGUGCCAAUCUCACCCUUCGCUCCUCACACUUACGACGCAGUGUGGGCCAUAGCUCUGGCGUUGAGCAAAGCGGAACUGCUCUGGCGGAGCUUGGAGACGGAGAACAGCACCAGGCUGGGGUUGGGCCACUUCGACUACAACAGGAAGGACAUGGCCGACGAGUUCCUGAACCAACUCGGGAACUUGAGCUUUCUUGGUGUUUCGGGGCCGGUGUCUUUCAAUGGAGCAGAUAGGAUAGGCAUGUCUGCAUUCUACCAAAUACAAGGUGGCCGUCCCAAAGCAGUGGGCCUAUAUACGCACGGUCGAGAGAUGACCUGCGCGGAAUGCGCUCGCCCGCAGUGGGCGGGGGGCAUCCCUGCUGCUAGACGAGUGCUGGUGUUGCGAGUAGACUCGGUGUGGGCGCCCGCGAGGCUGGCUGUGGCGGCGCUGUCAGCCGCCGGUGUGGCCCUGGCUUUAGCUUUCCUGGCAUUCAACUUGCAUUAUAGUAAGAGAAGGUUUAUAAAGCUAUCCUCGCCCCGUCUCAACAACAUGACCCUCAUCGGUUGUGUGCUGGUGUACACCGCCGUCGCGUUAUUGGGCGUCGACAACGCCAUCCUGCCGUCCUACAUACCAUUUUCUGCUAUGUGCACGGGCAGAGUGUACAUAUUGUCCGCCGGCUUCUCCCUCGCCUUCGGAUCAAUGUUCGCUAAGACGUACAGAGUACAUCGGAUAUUCAUAAGCAAUCGCAGCGGUGUGUGCAAAACGAAGCUUCUCCAAGACACCCCCCUCAUAUCGUUAGUAUGUGCAUUGCUGGUCAUCGAUGGCCUGAUUGUUACGCUAUGGGCGAUGCUGGACCCGAUGGAAAGGCAUCUGAAGAAUUUGACCAUUGAGAUCAGCUCGACUGACCGUAGCGUUGUUUAUCAGCCUCAGAUAGAAGUUUGCAAAUCCCAGAAUACAACCGGAUGGCUGUGCGCACUUUACGCUUACAAGGGCCUUUUACUGAUUGUGGGGGUUUAUAUGGCCUGGGAGACGAGAAACGUCGAAAUAUCAGCUCUCAACGACUCCAAAUACAUCGGAAUCAGCGUAUAUUCCGUGGUCAUCACGAGUGCCAGUGUGGUGGUGAUUGGGACCAUUAUAUCUGAACGGGCCACGUUGGCGUACAUUACCAUUACGAGCUUGAUUCUCAUUGCUACUACCUCCACCCUGUGUUUGCUGUUUCUGCCAAAAAUCAUCGCUAUUAAGAGUAAAGCGCAAGAUGACCCCGUUAUACAAAGCAUGGGCCUAAGACUAGAAUGUAAGACGCGAAGAUUCGUGACAGACGAAACUCAGGAACUGCACUUCAGGAUAGAAAUACAGAACAAGGUGUACAGGAGAGAAGUGGCAGCUUUGGACCGGGAGAUCGGGAGGCUGGAGAAACUGUUAGCGGAACCUUUAGAGCUGGGGAAUGGGUCGGAUGCUUCUGUAGUUUUGCAUAAACGAACCGAGCUCAACACAGUGGAAGAAGAAGGCAGACCAAACGCAGAUACAGAUAGGCGAACACCAAGUAUAAGCGGCGGUCUACCCAUGCUGCUCCUUUCCGUCCUCCCGCCCGUCAUUCCGCGAGCGAGCUGGCCUUCCGCUGAGGCCUGCAGAGGAAGAAACUCCGUCAGCUUCAGCUCCCAACCGAAGCUGAACAGAAAAUCACAACCGAGCAUCGACUUGUACAACCUAUGCUUAAACAAACGCGAAGAAAACCACGGAUUUCUCAGAAGACUCCGAAGUUUCUUCGGAAGCAGGACAUCCAGUAGAAAAGCUUCAGCGAUCUCCAUAGCGGAUCCGACUGGACAAAGCAUUGCUUCAGCUUUAAAAAUGCACGUGGGUAUGAUUGCGGGGCUCAUGCCCAGCAGGAAACAUUCAAUGGUGCUCUCUUGCAAUACCUUACACGUCCCACAUCCAGAGCUGAAAUUACGAAGGGAAUCGUUCGCGAGAAGUGGCCCUAUCAUACGGGUAACUGAUGAUGAGCCAACAUGCUCGAGAUAUGAGCUUAAUAGCUCGAAAAACGUAUCAGAUAGCCUAUCCUCUGGGACGCAAAAAUACGUGGCUGAGCCAGAAACUAAAGUCAAUUUCGUUUUACCCACAACGCAUAGACGACCAAUGUCUCAUCAAAGUUCGUGCGAGAGGUUUAAAGGAUCUCCGAGGUUUCCUCACAGGAUAGCGCCGACUACUACAAGUUUAACCGCUUUGAAUAAGAGAAAGACAAGUGCGGAUAGCGUUUUUCACAUAUCUGAUACUGUUUUCGAUGAACAAAGACGGUAUAGCCAUCAGAAUGUAUGUAACAGAGAAGAUAAAGGGAAGGAUGUACUGGAGAGUAGGUGGAGGUCCACGGAGGACGCGCGACCUGGGCCUUCGACGAGAAAUUAGGAACUUUUGUCUUAAUUAGGUGUAAGUUAGUGUGUGCCAAAUAUUGUAACAAAGUAUUUUUA